AUGUUGAGGCCACCGCACCGACUCGUGAGCCACCGCCGGCUGCUGGGCACGUCAGCGUCCGCGCCGCUGGCGGGCGACGAGGCAGCUGCGGCGCAUGGCUCCAGCCCGAACUCCGUGAAGAUCAUGGUGUCCGUUCUGGUGGUGGUCAUCUUCUGCACGCUCCUCUACUGCGUCUACUGCUGGCGCUGGCGGAAGCGCAACGCCGUCAGGAGAACGCAGAACGAGAACAUGACGCCGCUGUCUAGGUCGAUCUCGGAGCUGCCGCUCAUGGACCUGGCCUCCAUCGACGCCGCCACCGGCAACUUCGCCAGGGCCAACAAGCUCGGCGAGGGCGGCUUCGGCCCGGUAUACAGAGGCGUCAUGGCGUGCGGCGCGGAGAUCGCAGUGAAGCGGCUGUCGGCGCGGUCGCGGCAGGGCGCGGCGGAGUUCCGGAACGAGGUGGAGCUGAUCGCCAAGCUGCAGCACCGCAACCUGGUGCGGCUGCUAGGCUGGUGCGCCGAGCGCGACGAGAAGCUGCUCGUCUACGAGUACUUGCCCAACGGCAGCCUCGACGCCUUCCUCUUUGACACCAGCAAGAGCGCCGAGCUAGACUGGAAUAGCAGGCACAACAUCAUCAUCGGCAUUGCCCGUGGGUUGCUCUACCUCCAUGAGGACUCACUGCUCAAGGUCAUUCACCGAGACCUCAAGCCAAGUAAUGUUCUCCUCGACAACAAGAUGAACCCCAAGAUCUCCGACUUUGGCUUGGCUAGGAUCUUCAAGGACGAAUGCAAUGGUGUCAACACGGGACACAUCGUCGGGACCUAUGGGUACAUGGCACCGGAAUUUGUGAUGGAUAGUGUCUUCUCAGCAAAAUCAGAUGUUUUUGGCUUUGGAGUCCUCCUACUAGAGAUCUUGAGUGGACAACGGAAUAGCAUGUCAUACCUUGAGGAGCACCGACAAUCCCUCAUCCAAGAUGCAUGGAAGUUCUGGAUUGAAGAUCGGGCAAAUGAAUUUAUUGACCGUGCACUUGGGCAAUCUUACUCAAGGGACGAGGCAUGGCGUUGCUUCCAAGUCGGCCUCCUCUGCGUGCAAGAUGACCCCGACAUUCGACCAACCAUGUCAAAUGUCCUUCUAAUGCUCGUCAGUGAACAAAUGAGCCUGCCAGCACCAUCUAGGCCGGUGAGAAACGUCCCAUUGUUAGCGCCAUCGGCCAUGUUAAGGAGUGAACCGUUGGUUUCUCAUAAGUCGAUCAACUAUGCCUCGAUAACUGCUAUCCAGCCGCGAUGA